AUGGAAGGAAGCUCAAGCCAGAGUGGAAGUUCUAGAAGACCUACGCCAAAAAACUUAAACAAUUCGGAAUCCAAUUAUAUCCUUCUUAGUUUAGAAGAGGAAGGUUAUACCACGCCAGAUGAAAAAGUAGAACAACUUAUAACUAAAUUAACAAAAUCAAAAUUUUUAUAUGCUCUAAAAUUACUUUUUGAAAACCUACAAAAUGAAUUUUCAUCUCAAAUUUUAGUUGAUUCAUUAAGAAGUUUAGCCAAUCCUACACUAUUUGACCAUCAUUCAAUGGAAAUUGUUACAAGAUUGGAAUUACACUUACGAACUUUGGUAGCAGCUUUGGAACAGAUAUGCUUUUCGCAGAUAGUUCUUGGCAAAGAAAUUCGGGAUAAAAUUUACGAUUCUUUAGCAAAAUUUGCGGAAUUUCAUCGUAAAAACAUACAAGUUAUUGAAGAAGGACUUGUUAGCGGCCUUAAGUUAAAGUACAAUCCAUCAAAUCAUGACAAAGAUAACAAGGGUAUUGAAAAGCAUAACUAUAAUAUUGACUUUUUGUUGAUUCACUUGCGCGAUACAUUACACAGCCUGCGUGAUGAUGAACCUUGGUUUCAAGAAAUUUUAAGAAGAACUAAGGAUUUGUUGAAGGCUGUUCUAAAUAUUGUACCAGGAAUUACAAGUAUUGUAGCACCCGGAGUUGCUCUUCCAAAUGAUAAUUGUUCAAUCGUAUCAAUGCUUACUCAAUUACGUCAAGGUUUAAGUUUUAAAUAUCCGGUCGCUACUUAUUAUUUAGAUUGGAGAAUCAUGUUGAUAAUUCGACAUAAUCUUUUAAACUGGUCUGUAAGUGAUGAAAAGAUAAUUGGUAGAAAGUUUGGAGAAAGGAUCUUAAUGGAAUAUCUUUGGAGUUUUUCGGAGAGAGAGUGGAAUAGUGUUACUGAUAAACCUAUGUUAAAUUCACAAACUAAAUUUGAUGAAGUAUCAAAUAAACUCUUCAAGACUUUAAGAAACACUGGUGGUUUUUUAAAUGAUCUUGCCGGAAACGAACCACUCGCGUUACCAAAUAUGUUAUGGUUUGGCAUACUGGAUCUUGCACAAAAUCUCAUUCAAAAAUCUACUCAACCGGUUAUACAAGGACUUUGUUAUUAUUUGGCAAUCGAAUCACUAAACAAAGCUCUAAGCAAUGAUAAUGAACGUAAUCUAAACUUGGAACAAACAAAUAAACAACAUGAGGACGAUUCUGAGGACGAUUCUGAUAAUUCAGAAGUUGAUCAUAUAUUAAUAAAAAAGAAGAAUCGUAUAGUGAUUAAUUUGAAAUUAAAUAUAUUACAACAAAAAAAACAACACACGGUUUAUCAGAAUGUUAUAAAUGAAUUAUUAAAUAAAAAUUAUGAAAAUGCUAUAUCAAUAGGUCAAGUAUAUUUAAGAGAGUUUCAUCAUAAUUAUACAAUGAGAUGUAUUUUAGCUUAUGCUUAUAGAUGUCUUAAUAACUAUAAGCAAGCAAACUCAUAUUUAGAUGAGGCUAUUAGUCUAAAACAAAGCAAACCAAUUGCGUAUUUUAUUCGUGGAGAAAUACUUUUCAGACAAGGUUUAUAUGAUGUUGCAAUAAAGGUAUUAGAAAAAUCAAAAAACCACAAUAAUAAGUCGAAUAUAAUUUUAGGAAAUUGCUAUCUUUUGGGUGCAAAAGGUAGUUAUUUUUAUCGUCUGAAUGCUGCUUUAAAAUGCUAUGAG